CCUCUUGGUGAAUAUCACACAGGUUACUUCACAGGAGGUUCUGAAAUCAUCCAUGUUCCAAAUCCCUUUAACAAGGAACUUUAGCUAUAAACCAAGUUAUAGGACUCAACAACAUCAUUACCGUACAAGGUAUGUGACUUUUAAGGUUGAAGGUUUUUGGUCUGAAUCUUCAGGAAAAGUUUGCAUGGUUGGAACAGGAAUUGGUUAUUCUAAAAAAGGUGAUUCUCCUAAUUUUGAUGUUGUUUUUAAGCUUAACAAUGUUUUCAAUUCAAAUAAUAGUAUUACCAGUUUGAUUAGUGGAAGCUUAAUGAGUUUGAGUUCUGAAAAAGAUGAGAGUCAUUACUUUGAACCUAUUUCCUUAAUGAUGUUUCCAAAAGCAAAUUAUAGUUAUACUUUGUUGGAUUCCAAAGAAGCUGAAAAUGAGUUCACUUUUGGUAGUGAUGAUUCUCAAAAGGGUUUAUCAUUAAAUUCAGAUGUAAUGAAUUUUUGUUCAUAUCCUCUAUCAAGGGCUAUUAGAAGACUCCAAUUAGAAUUCACUCAUGAGUGCAAUUCUUCAAAGAAUUGUAGUCCUAUUAGUGGAAGUUCUAGUCAAUUACCAUAUAUGAUGUCUUUGAAAGGUGUUGAAUGUUCACAUGACAAUAAGCAUAGGUUGAGGGUUAUGAUGAGGUUUUCAAAUGUAAGUGAUUAUUGGAUUGACAAAGGUUUCAAUCCAAAAACUAUGUUGGUAGGUGAAGGUUGGUGGAAUGAGAAGAAAAAUGCAUUGUUUGUAGUUGCUUGUCAUUUCAUUGACAUGACUCAUGUUGGUGAUUGUUCAAUUAGAUUGAGAUUGAGUUUCCCUUCAAUUUGGUCAAUCAAUAAUACUGAUAGCAUAGUUGGACAAAUUUGGAGCAACAAGAAUUCUAAUGAUCAAGACUACUUCAAGACAAUAAGAUUCAGAAAUUUCGAGGAUGAUCAGGUCGGAUAUCGAGCCUCGAAGUAUGAGUAUAGUCAGCUUGAAAGAGUUGAGAAAUCAUGUCCAACACACAAGCCUGUCAAGAACAAAGGGAGAAGAUUUCCUUAUGUGUAUUCUUAUGAUAUGAGAUUCGAUAUGUUGGUUCGAGAAUCGAAUAGGAGAGUAGCAUGGGGUUAUUCGUCUCCUUUAUCGGUUGGUGAUCAGGUCUAUGAACUUGAUUCUAUGUCAAACUUCACAGCAGAACCUCCUAGUCCUUCGGUAAUCGUCGACGAUGGUACUAGCUUGUUUAACAUCAGUUACAAAAUUGCCAUCUAUGCUAAUUCAACCUUAGAUGAAAGGAAUUCAGUGUUUAAUCUGUCCUCUUACAGAGUAAAAAUUUCUGCAGAAGGAGUUUAUGAUGCUAGAACAGGAUUCUUGUGUAUGAUAGGCUGCCGUGAUCUUCCCUUGAACAUUGGAACACCAAUAGCUGGCUCUGUGGAUUGUGAGAUUCUUGUGAAGUUUCAGUUUCCAUCAUUAGAUACAAAAGGUGGAAGCUACAUUAAAGGAAGUAUCGAAAGCACGCGCAAAAAAUCAGAUCCUCUUUACUUCAAAAGUUUAGAGCUAUCUUCGGCAGCAAUUUACUCAGAAACUGCUAAAAAAGCUGUUUGGAGAAUGGAUAUGGAGAUUAUCAUGGUUCUAAUAUCUACAACUCUAACAUGUUUUUUUGUUGGAUUGCAACUGUACCAUGUGAAAAAACACCCUAAUGUGCUUCCUUUCAUCUCAAUUAUCAUGAUGUCAAUUCUCACAUUGAAUCACAUGAUACCACUUGUUCUCAAUUUUGAAGCACUUCUUGCUCAAAAUCCUAACAACAAAAACUUUGUGUUUGGAUAUGUUGGAUGGCUUGAAGUUAAUGAAAUAACUGUUAGGCUAAUCACCAUGGUAGCUUUCUUGUUGCAAUUCCGUCUCCUUCAACUAACUUGGUCAUCAAGAAAGACUAACGAAAGCGAGAAGAGACUCUGGAUUGCUGAGAGAAAGGCUACCUAUGUGACUUUCCCGUUGUAUGCAGCCGGACUUUUGAUUGCAUUGCUGUUGAAGUUGAAAAAGGAUGGAUAUACUGUUACUUCAGUUUACCAUCAACAUGAUUCAUCUUGGGAAAGCAUAAAGUCUUAUGGUGGUUUGGUAUUGGAUGGCUUUCUUUUGCCACAAGUAAUCCUAAAUUUGGUUUCAAAUAUGAAGGAGAAUGUUCUUUCAUGUUCAUUUUACUUUGGAACUACUUUUGUGAGACUCUUACCACACGCCUAUGAUCUUUACCGGACUCGUAAUUACGCUCGUCUCAGCGAUGGAUCGUAUUUCUAUGCUGAUCCGAAUGCAGAUUUUUACUCAACUACUUGGGAUAUUGUCAUUCCUUUGGGGGGUAUUCUGUUUGCUAUCAUCAUCUACUUGCAGCAAAGGUUUGGUGCUAACUUUGUUCUGCCUCAUAGAUUUAGAGGGUCAAAGGUAUAUGAAAAGGUGUCUAUGGUGACUGAAUCAGAAGCAGAAAUAUAGAUAGCUACUCAUAAAUUGCACUUUUUGAAGAUCAAAUCCAAAUGGCCUUAUGAAUGAUGUAUUAGUAUAUAGUCAUACCUUAUAUUUUUGCUUUGAAUUUGUGUUGCUGAUAUAUAUAUAUGAUAUGGCCUUUGCAAAAUAAAAUUUGAAGGUGAAUAUAGGCUUAGUGUGAGUGCUUUUAUAGAUGAAAGAACUGGUUGAUGAUUAUAAAUCUAGGGAUUAUAGUUAAAAGAGUUAUUGGAAAAAGUUUUUUGCUAUUAGAAAACCAGUUAAUUUUUU